CAGCCCCUUCCUUCCAUUUGCCACUGACCAUCCACACCUCCGCGACCCCGCCCCCGCCCCGGCGCGCCGCAGAUCCCCAAUUCGUUUCCUCCCCUCCGCGAGCCGAGCUGCGACGGCGGCGGCCGCGGCGUCUCCCACCUUCCCUCCCUCCCUUCGUCCCGCCGCUGCAGACGAGCAGAUUGGGUCGAGCGCUUCUUCUCCGGCCAGCAGCGGGGCCUGUCUCCGGUGCCGGGGUCGAGGCCGUCCACGCUGCGGGGUUCGCCGAGACAGGUCUACCCCUAAGUGAAUUUUUUAUGCAAGUCAAAUCAGGGUCUUUAAGGUAGCUUUCUGAAAUGUGGGGUUUUGCAUCAAAUGCUUGGACAUCUGGGCUGGCAAAGAGAUGUCCUCCAAAUUGCGCCUCUCCCAGUGCUGCUUGUUCUGAUGACGAGGCAUCCUCAUGCACAAGCAGGGAAGAAGGUCUGGAAUGCCCAAUAUGUUGGGAAUCUUUCAACAUAGUGGAGAACGUGCCUUAUGUGCUAUGGUGCGGCCACAGCAUGUGCAAGAACUGCAUCCUAGGCCUUCAAUGGGCUAUCAUCAAAGUUCCAACGGUGCCAAUCCAGCUUCCGUUCUUCAUCUGCUGUCCCUGGUGCAACCUUCUGUCACUCCGUAUAUUUUACAAAGGGAACCUCAUAUUCCCACGCAAGAAUUACUUCCUCCUUUGGAUGGUUGAGGGGAUGAAUGGUGAGCGUGCACGAUCACGCUCUGUUAUUCAUAGUGAGCAACAUACUCCAUGGCUGCCAAGCAGCAGCAGCAGAGCAAAUGGAAAUGCAGGUUAUGCAAACCCCAUUCGACGGCCCCUCCCGCCACAGGCUGACACAUCCAGUGCAAAUCAUGCCAACCAUGGGAUCCCUCUCCUGAACUCUGAGAGGGUGCAAGCUUCGCUGCGCAAGUCGCUGUCAUUCCUGGUUCACCUGACUGCCAAGUUUCCCCUGGUGUUCAUCUUCCUCCUCAUAGUGCUGUAUGCGAUCCCUGCCAGCGCAGCGGUCUUGUUAUUGUACAUCCUUAUCACUGUGUUGUUUGCACUUCCCUCGUUCUUGAUACUGUAUUUUGCCUAUCCAAGCCUAGACUGGCUUGUUAGAGAAAUAUUUGCUUGAGAUUUCCUUGUUAGGUGAAAUCUCAAUGCUAUUGUUUGAUCUGUGUAACCGAACCCCCUAGUAUUUGUUGUAAGUGCAAAUGUUAUUGCAAUGUUUUGGCUUCGACUAGAUGUCA